AUGGCCGAAUCAAGCUUUUUCGCCAGAAACAAGGCCGCCAUAACCCUCGCGGUGCUUGCCAGUGCAGGUGCCCAACAGGAGCAAGGUCCAUCUGACAAAGACGAGUCCAAGAAGAAGAGAAGCAAGAAGAAGAAGAAGACCACCGAGGAGCUGGCCGAGGCCGCUACCCCUGGUGACGAGCAGCCACCUUACCCUGUCAACAGCAAGAAGGAACCAGACUUUUCCGACGAGCAGGUUGCCGAAUUGACGGAUGCUCAGAAGGAGGAAUGGGCUGUCGCCUUGAAGACCACAGGUAACGCUCUUUACAAGCUGCAGAAGUUUGCCGAUGCCAUCAAGUUCUACACCGCUGCUUUGCGUGUCAAGGAGGACCCUGUGUUCUACUCGAACCGUUCCGCCUGUUACUCCUCGUUGGACGACCACGAGAACGUCAUUGCGGAUGCCAGUGAAGCCAUCAGACUCAAGCCCGACUACGCCAAGUGCAUCUUGCGCAGGGCCUCUUCGUACGAGGAGUUGGAGCGCUACACGGACGCCAUGUUCGACUUGACCGCCUUGACCGUUUACGGUGCUUUCAACUCCAAGUCGGUCGAGCAGCGUUUGGAGCGUGUUUUGCAGAAACACUCCAUCAAGCUUGUGGAGGAGCAGAUGCGCAACAGAGUGCCCCAGUUGCCCUCUGCCGUGACUUUGGCCUCUUUCUUUGGCGCUUUCGUGCAUGAGACCAGCCCCGAAGGUGUCUCUGCUGAGUCCACUGGCGCCGACCGUCUCUUGUGGGAAGCUGCCGACGCCAUCUACUCCAAGAAGGCUGAAAAAUACGACGAAAUCGACACUUUGAUCCACAAGGCCACCACCGCCUACGAGGACGAAAAAGUUACUGCCUCUUCUCCUAACGCUACCAAGGCCACCAUUGCCUACGAAUACGCUGUGCUUAUUGCUUUCUUGAAGUACGACCGCGAGACUCUCGCCACCGUGCUCAACAGAGCCUUUGAGUUGAAGCCCAGAGCCAGAACCUACGUUGUAAGAGCCCUUGUGAACGCCGAAACCUCCACCAUGGACCUGCUUCUCUCCGACUUCCAGAAAGCCGAGAAGAUCGAGCCCGAGAACCCAGACUGCCCAUACCACAAGGGCCAGCUCUACUACCUCCACGGCGAGCUCGACAAGGCCGAGGCCUGCUUUGUGAAGGCCAAGGAGUUGAACCCUCAGAACCUUUUUGCCUACAUCCAGCACGCCUGUGUGGUCUACAGAAAGGCCCACUUUGACGAUGCUGUUCGCUUGUUCGACGAGGCCAAGCUCAAGUUCCCUACUUCUCCCGAGGUGUUGAACUACUACGGUGACAUUCUUGCCGACCGUGGCGACACUCCAGGUGCCAUCAAGCAGUACGACAUUGCCAUUCGUUUGCAAAGAGACUUGCCUGGUGUCGGCGUCGGCGCCACUCCUUUGAUCAACAAGGCCACUUUGUUGCAGAGAGACGGCUUGGACGAGAACGGCGAGACUGCCGAUUUGCUCACCAGAGCUGCUGAGAUGGACCCUAAGAACGAGGCUGCGCUUAUCUCCCUUGCCCAGUUGAAGUUGACCCAGGACAAGGCCGACGAGGCAGUCGGCUUGUUCGAGGAGGCUGCUCGUUUGUCGCGCUCCUUCGACGACAAGGUGCUGGCCACGUCGUUUGCUGAGGCCACCAAGAUGCAGUUGAGAAUCCGUGCCGACCCGGAGUUGACCAGAAGAGUGAAUGAGAUUCUCCAGUCCCACGCUGCCGGUGUUCUCCGUUAA